AGCUGAUUCAGAGCACAUGAUCUAACGUGAAGACGCAUCCCCUCACUCUCUUCAGCUCAUCUUUUUCCCCUCACUUGGCUCAAGCUCACUCUCACACUCUUUUGUCUUGCUCAUGCUUCUCGCUCACUCACACACACACACACACAUUCCAUGAAUGCUUACACACACACACACACACUUGAAAAUCAGUCACCGGCUUCCAGGCACACUGACCGAGUUUCCUCAUCUCUGGCAGCCAUGUUUGAGACUCCUUGUGCCUCCUUUGAUCAUAUCCUCAAAUUAAGACCCUUCAGGGCUGAGCAGUGACAUUUCACACAAAGCACAACCCCUCGUUACCUCUUAGAAAUGUCACCUCCUGUUGCCUGCUAAUUACAGGAGUUGUCACUUGUGAGGCGGCAUGUGGAAUACGCAGCCCAACAGUUCUGUCUUGUCAUGUCUUCAUAUCCUCCUCUUUCUUUAUUCAGCAGCUCUUCACGUUGCUUGUUGAACCCGCUGACGGGGCUGUGAGCUCAUGUGAGGGCGGCUUUUCUCACUGGGUCGGUACAAACGUUUCAGAGCCAGAGCAAUGGACAGUGUUAUGGAAAUCUCUUCCUCUAUUCUUUCAUUGUUCUGUGGUUUAGGAGUGCACAGCAACCCCCCCCACACCACCCCCCACGCCAAUCCACCCAACCCACCCCCCUUUUGAACGGGGAGCGUGAGACUGGUAUGUGCAGAUUCUAGAGGGCACUUUUGGAGGAGUUUUUCAGGGAGCUCAUGCCCGAGGGUGCCUCUGAAGACUCCUGUUGUCAAGAGCAACAACAUGAGCUUCCCCUUGCUGCCAUGGCGACUGUUAGACGUGAAUCAAUAGAUCUGCCGAAUCAUCACACCAAGCUCAACCUUUUUACUCAACAAGAAACUCUCUCUCUUUCAACUGAGGCUGUUUGCCCGGCUGGGAGGAAAUAUCACAUCCUCUGUGCCAGAAUGAUGGAUAACCCAGAUGAGUCCUCCCCUGCACCUUCCCAGAGAUAGAGUUGAAGAAGAGGAGGAGGAGGAGUGAUACAGAAAAUGAAGAUCCAAAUUGUGCUGCUGGUCGCUGCUUUUGUGGCUGCUGUCAGUGCAGCACCUGUUUCUGAAGCCCUAGCUGACGAGGUCUAUGCUGAUGAACUGGAGCUAGAUGCUGUUGCAGUCGAAAAGCCAGACUUGGAUUCUGAUGCCGUUGAAGAGCCACAACUGGAUUCUGAUGCAGCUAAGGAUCUACUGAUGGAUGAAGCUACCGCUGAACUGGAUGUGGCUGCAGCUAAUGAGCUUCAACUGGAUGCUGCUGCAGCCGGAGAGCCACAACUGGAUGCUGAUGCAGCUAAGGACCUACUGAUGGAUGAAGCUACCGCUGAACUGGAUGUGGCUGCUGCUAAUGAGCUACAACUGGUUGCUGCUGCAGUUCAAGAGCCACAACUGAAUGCUGCUGCAGCCGUAGCGUCACAACUGGAUGCUGCUGCAGUUCAAGAGCCACAACUGGAUGCUGCUGCAGUUCAAGAGCCACAACUGGAUGCUGCUGCAGCCGUAGCGCCACAACUGGAUGCUGCUGCAGCCGUAGCGCCACAACUGGAUGCUGCCGCAGUCAAGGAGCCACAACUGGAUGUGGCUGCACCUAAUGAGCUUCAACUGGAUGCUGCUGCAGCCAAAGAGCCACAACUGGACGCAGCUAAGGAGGUCCCAGCCAACGACAAACCCAACAUGUAUGUUUUCGAAGAUGACAGCUUCAUGCAGGACGCACUGGAUGACGAGAACCGCAGGCAGGAUGCUUUCGAGAAUGAGGCAAUGCAUUUCAAAAUAAGUCGUCGGGAUAUUUUCAAUGAUGCCAUGCUCAUGCAGGACUCUUUAGAUGAUGCCAUGCUUGUGCAGGACUCUUUAGAUGAUGACAGGCUCAUGCAGGACUCUUUUAAUGAUGAGAUAUUCAAGGAUUGAAAAUGAUUCGCCCCCGCAUAGAGUACAGAGUAAGCUGUCCAGAUGUUUGAUGAUUAAAGCUUUUUGAUUAAGCUGAGGGAGUGAAAUGACCCUCUGACAUCACGUGUAUGCACAAAUUAUCUUGUACUAAUCAAAUGAUAUCUCUGAGAUAAAAGUGACACCUGUACACUAACUGCAAAGCAACAAGAUGUAUUAAAAAGAAAACUUUGAUUUGUUAUCUGCUGGUGAUUUUAGUCUCUUUAUUUGGUGUUUCUGUUUCUGCCCUUCUUCUGAAGCUCUCCGAUGUAAAGUUGAUCUUCAGCUCUGCAGUUACAAUCAUGAUUACAGUUGUUACAAUUUCAAUUAGCAGACGCUUUUGUCUAAAAUGAAUGUAACGCAAUAAAAUGUUGUCUCAG